UAUAAAAAAUGUUUAUGUAGGUCUCUUUCAGACAUGUAUGACCAUUCGUCAAUUAAUUUAUUUAUUAAAAUGUGAAAAUUUAAUAGACCUGAUUAGUCAAAUAAGGUUGGCCUGGCUAGUUCCCAUCCUGAAAUUACCUAUUUACCCUCGUUGGUUUCGAUAAUUAAUAAUAAUAGUAUAUUUGUUCGAUUUUAUCUGGAGCGGAUUACUGACGAUGAUAAUAUCAAUUAACUAAUAUAAUGAACAGAGCAAAUGGAGGUCCUAAGCGCAAAAGCACCAGGGGACUUGUUGAACUGGGAUGACCUACAGAAGAUGAAAUACUCAUGGAACGUAGCUCAGGAAGUUCUCAGAUUGGCUCCACCUCUUCAAGGAGCUUUCAGGGAAGCCUUAUCUGACUUUGUCUUCAAUGGUUUCACCAUUCCAAAAGGCUGGAAGUUGUAUUGGAGUGCAAAUUCAACACACAAGAACGCAGCUUACUUCCCGGAACCAUUCAAAUUCGACCCUACAAGAUUCGAAGGAAAUGGUCCAGCACCAUACACGUUUGUGCCCUUUGGAGGAGGUCCUAGGAUGUGCCCCGGCAAAGAGUACGCCCGAUUGGAAAUCCUAGUGUUCAUGCACAACUUGGUGAAGAGGUUCAAAUGGGAAAAAGUUCUUCCCGACGAGCAGAUCGUAGUUGACCCACUGCCCAUGCCCGCCAAGGGACUCCCCGUCCGCCUUUUCCCUCACCCUAAGACAGCCACAACUUAAUUAUCUAGCUAAGCUUAUACUUAAAAGUAAAAAAAAAAAAAAAAAAACCCAUCAAACAAGGCUUUAUUUCUUGGUUAUUGUAUUCGUUCUUCAUAUUUGAUCUCUGUACGCCCAUAGUUUUUUUUAAUGCAAUCACUUCUACUGUAUUAAAAUCUAGACUUGUACCUGGCCACUUGAUGUUCAUGUUUCAAGACAUGAAAAUUGUAUAAUUGAGAAAUUAAGAAUAAACAUGGUAUAUUGUUUACUA